CGGCAACCCUCUCGAGCCCAUUGGUCAGGUCAGGUCAGGUCUUCCCACGCGGAAGGACGAGGAAGGUUCACGAAUCCCCUCCUCACUUCGACCCUCCCCCCUCCUUAUUUCUUCCCCUUGAGCCAAAAUCUGGUCCUAAGUUUCAUCGGAGAGGGCGGCAAGGGCGAUCCGUUUAGCGCGAGCGCGACCAUGGCCUACGUCGAGAGAGGUGUUGUGAAAGGCAAACGGACAAUCUGGAGACUAAGCAUAAUCCCCGACUUCUUUAAGGCUGUUGUGAACUUCAUCAGAAUGUUCUUCCUCACAAUGUUUUCUAUCGAGAAAACAGACAGCUAUAAGAAAGGAUAUGGUAGUGGUAAGAAGUGGGAUGGUGGACCUGGUGGGGGAGGUCCUGGUGGGGGUCCAUAUGGCGGUGGAGGCGGCGGUGGAGGUGGCCCUCGCGGUCCUCGCACACUAUCUGACCUCCGAUCAAACGAUCAGAGUUCCCUCCCUGCUUGUGGAUCCUGCUGCGGAUGACAUCUUAACGAAAGAAGACAUUUAAUGACGGAAGAACCAGAUGAACUCCCCUAUUUCAGUUUCAGCAGAGCAAAAACGCUGUCAAGAGUUUAGCAUGUCCAGUAUAUAUUCUGUAGCUUGUUUCUAAUGUGAUUUGCAUACUGUAUUCAUCAUCGCUUUGCCAUGCUUAACUGUCCUGGAUAGAGUCAAAAUCUCCUUAUACCGGCUUUCUGUUGUGCAAUGUGAAUUUACUAUACCUUCUGUCCACUUUGUAAUUCUGCGGAGAUUGGAAUUGUUCGGCUAUAUGUUGAAUUCAACUAGGAAAUAGUUUUUCUUUAA